AUGCAAGUCAGAAAUAUUCAGAACAUAGCACCGAGUCUAACUGACAAGAGUAUAAAGAUAUAUUAUGAACAUGUUAUGAUGAAACCAACCAAAAUUCAAGAAAGUCAGUAUACUUAUGAAUAUCCAAGACACUGGGUAGAGUAUAUAGGAGGUGAGAAAGCUAUUGAAAUAAGACAAGUUAGAAGUAUUCCAGCAGGAAGAACAAUAUUAUUGAAGAACUUUAAUGUUUUGAGGUAUAAUGAUGAAACAAAGAAGCAAGAUAGUUUUCCUGUUGCUGUGUAUGUGAACUUAGACACAGGAGAUGACAUGAAAGUUUUUAACACAAAGCUUCAAACGGUAGUGAGAGAACAACUGACUGCGGAAGGACAUCCAUUGCCUUCAGAAGUUACCAUAGCAUAUAAUUUUGAAACAAACUCAAUAGAUUUUAAAAUCGCCUCUGCAAAGAAGUCAGGUUUUACAUUUAAUGAAGCAGAUGUAUAUUCGAAUGAAAACUUCAAAGCUAUUGCAUG